GGAUAGUACUUGAAUUGGGAAUCCCCUCCCUCUCUUAUAUCCUACGUCCUAUGUCCUUUAGGGCCUAACUCCGGCGUCGGAAUCCCUAGGAUAUAAAGAAAACCGUGAUGCCUGGUGGUUCAGUCUGUUCUUCGUCAUAUCAUCUCAUAUAGCAAUUAAGCAAUACCAUUACCGUCAAACAUGCCCCUCUUCAAAGUCGCACCGCCACCCCCCACGGAGCUUGGACGGCUCCGCGUCCUCUCAUCGACGGCGGGGAUCCGGGUUUCCCCGCUCGCCCUAGGCGCCAUGUCCGUCGGGCAAGCCUGGUCCUCGGCCAUGGGAAGCAUGACGAAGGAGGCCUCGUUCGAGCUGCUCGACACCUUCGUCGCCGCAGGCGGUAACCUCAUCGACACGUCCAACAACUACCAGAACGAGGAGUCGGAGACCUGGAUAGGGGAGUGGUCGGCCGCGCGCGGGAACCGCGACCGGCUCGUCAUCGCCACCAAGUACACGUCGGACUACCGGUCGCACGAGGUGGGCCAGGGCACGCAGGCGGCCAACGCGAGCGGCAACCACCGGCGCAGCCUGCACACCAGCGUGCGCGCCAGCCUGAAGAAGCUGCAGACCGACUACAUCGACAUCCUCUUCGUGCACUACUGGGACUACACCACGUCGAUCAAGGAGAUGAUGGACGCGCUCCACAUGCUCGUGCAGCAGGGCAAGGUCCUCUACCUGGGCGCCUCCGACGCGCCGGCCUGGGUCGUCUCGGCGGCGAACACGUACGCCAACGCCCACGGGAAGACGCCCUUCAGCGUGUACCAGGGCAGGUGGAGCAUCAUGCACCGCGAUUUCGAGAGGGAGAUCCUGCCCAUGGCGCGCUCGUUCGGGCUGGCUCUGAUGCCGUGGGACGUGCUGGGCGGCGGGAAGUUCCAGUCGCGCGAGGCCGUCGAGGAGCGCAAGGCCCGCGGGGAGGGCCUACGCGCUCUCAUCGGCGACGGGGACCAGACAGAGGAAGAAGUGCGCAUGAGCGAGGCGCUCGCCAAGGUGGCGGCCGAGUUGGGCACCAAGAGCGUCACGGGCGUGGCGCUGGCGUACGUCCGUCACAAGGCUGGGCAUGUCGUCCCCAUCGUGGGCGGCAGGAAGGUCGAGCACCUGAAGGACAACAUUGCGGCCUUGAGCCUCCGGCUCUCGGACGAGCAGAUCGCGUUCCUGGAGAGCGUGAGGCCGUUCGAUUCGGGCUUCCCGAGCAAUUUCCUCGGCGAGGAUCCCAACGUCACUGGUCAGUCGGUCCGGCUGAGACUGACGUCGACGCUUGUCUUCCCGGGGGCUCGGAGAGAGACGAGCGUGUAGGGAAAGUGAGAGGAUGAAGUGGCGCGACACUGUGAUGUCUUUCUCUCUCCCGUAUCAACGUGGUAACGAGAGACGUGUGAUAAUUAUAGCGAUCGAUCAUCAGGAAGAAGGAGGCUCGGUAGAACCCCAGAGUUAGUAAUGAAACCAAAUGGCUGGUUCGCUGUGAGACGACGGCAUGGCCGGUAUUUAAAGGGUUAGUAGAUCUCUCGAGAUUGUGUACGAAGAUGUACGAAGACAUGGCAACGCGUUGCCAUAUCUGUCGAGUUCACGGAUGUAGUAGGGAAGAAAGGGAGAUGGGGCAGAAGGUAGAGCAAAUAAAACGCAAGGGGGAGAAGAGAGACCAAAAAAAAAGAAGAAAAAGAAAAAAAGAGACAAAAGAUACAUUAACCUUGCAAAAUGGAGAGAGAAAUAAACAAAAAAAAGAAUGACCGACGCAGGACUCGAACCUGCAGCC